UGCAACGACGAACAAUAGAUUCUGUAAAUGAUAAGAAUAAGUUUACAAAGAGCUAAACUUGAAGGACUAGAUUAGAUGUUGGACAUGCAAGGCAAGUAGCUAGGUUACCAUGGUCAAAAUAGUAUGAAUGUUGACUAUGCUUACGUUCCAGAGUUGUAGUUAGCUUACUAGUUAGAUGGGCUUUAUAAAGGCCCAUUAUGACUCAUUAAGCUAUUCACAGCCUUUUAAGCCCAGUUUGCUUAUUGUCGUCGUCGUCACUCGGAGACGACGAAGUUUCUCAACGCUUGAUGGCUUCGAAUCUUCAGAAAUGGCGAAACCUGUCAAGUCGUAUAGAUCUGAUCUCUCGGAGAGACGCUCUAUCGACGAGACGGCUCCUCCACGAAGGUCCCGACACCAUGGAGGAGCUCCUCGAUAGACACCUCGCGAAGAAAGAGAAACCACCGCUGAUCAACGACGACGAAGCCGAGUAUCUGAACAGGCGGCGUCUGACGAGCACGCGCCGCGAGGCGCUGAGUUUGUACCGGGACAUAUUGCGCGCGACUCGGUUCUACACGUGGACGGAUUCGAGGGGGGUCCUGUGGAGAGACGUGCUGAGAGAGAACGCUAGGAAGGAGUUCGAGGCGGCGCGAUUCGAGACGGAUCCGGAGAUUGUCACGAGGUUGCUGAUCGGUGGAAGCGACGCCGUUUCGUCUGCUUUGGAUAAGCUCGCGGAGAAGCAAAAGGAGAUGAUUGAGAGAAAAACACGUGGCGAACAACCGUGAAUCCGAGCUCUUGUUCGUUUUAUUUAUUUUGCCUAAUCAAAUUUAAACUGUGUGUUGUCUUGUUAAUUGGUGUUUGAUCAGUAUAAAACAAAUUAUUCAA